ACGAAACUGUGUCAGACUAUUUCGGUACAGUGGGUAAACAAAAUAGUUAUUAUUUUGAGUGAGACGUUAUUUUUACAAACAACAACUCUGCGUACGUGGUAUUUUGCCCUAGAAGUCUCUUAUCUAUUCACUAGUAUAUAUAUAGUAUACAUAUACAAGAAAUUUCAUUGAAUUUAUGGAACCAGUAAUUGUUAGACAUUGUUGUUCAGAUAAAAGUGCGUCAAGUUACAAUUAUUCGGAUAUGGAGUGUAUUACGGAUAAAAAUUGUCAGUGCAGGGACUUUGAGAAAAUGGACACUGGAUAUGAACAUGAUCCUGAUGGGAAAAAUCAUACAGACUUAGAAGCAUUGAAACCUCCAAAAUCUCUGAAUGAUUUGAUAGAGGGCCUUCAUAAAAUUUUUGCCCAUGACAAAGUAAACGUUGAUUUUGUUAAAGCAUUUAUGGGCAUGUACAAGAGUAAUUACAAAGAAUGGAAGAAAUUUGCUAAGUGGGAUGUGCACAGGUAUACUCGAAACUUGGUUGAUGCUGGAAAUGGGAAGUUUAACUUGAUGGUUCUGUGUUGGAAUGAAGCUCAGGGUUCCAGUAUUCAUAGUCAUGCAGACGCUCAUUGUUUCAUGAAGGUAUUGGAUGGACAGGUACAAGAGCAGCUAUAUGAUUGGCCGUCCGAGUCCGAGGGCGAAAAACAAAUGAACCUGAAAGCCGUUAGCAAAUAUGAGAAAAACCAGGUUGCAUAUAUCUGCGAUGACCUUGGGCUUCAUCGCGUAGAGAAUCCAAGCCACUCCGACAAAGCUGUGACUCUACACUUGUAUUCUCCUCCGUUUGACGAGUGUGCAUCGUUUGACGAGAAGACCGGACACAAAAAUAUGUGUAAGGUGACAUUCUGGAGCAAGUUCGGUCACAGGACUCCUUAUGGAAAGACGGGUGCAGACUGCGAUACAACCCCGGAGAACAACUAGGGACACGGACAGAUGCACAGACACAUAUAAGCAGCAUAUAUUAACCCAAAUUAGUCAGCACUACAUAACAAGUAUAUUAAACAGAAUGACAGCACAGAGAAGCCAUAACUUUAUAGUUGUCGCAACGUUACCCAUAAGUGUUAUUUGCGCGAUAAAUAAGGCAUGGGUAUAUAACUUUCUGUAUUACGGAGCAAGGAACACACAUUCUUUGUUGUGGACAGACAAAGGAAUCCAUUUCCAGCAUAAUAGGAGAGUAUAUAAAUCCGUUCUCAUAAAACUGGAGGACCCUUCUGCAUCUUUCACCAGCUUAAACAUUCACUGUUAUGCUAUAAAUAGAAUGUAUAGAUGAAAUAGACCUGUUAUUUGUUUUUAAAAAUAUCCUGCAGCAUUGACUGGUCUGAGGCUGUAAACUUAAUUUGUAGGCCAGUCUAAUAACUCCUACAUGUGAUUGGUUGAUUUUUAGCCUCACUCUGAAGUUGACCAAUGGCAAGGUUGCAUUUAAGACUGGUCUUCAAACUUAAGUUUUAUAACCUCAGAUCCAAAAUAAAUGUUGAUGUUUUACAAAAGGGUGACUCCUUAUUUUGCACAGAUAAUGCAGGGGUCACGCUGUCGAUCGCCACUUGAGCCAUUUGCGACAAAAAAUUAAAUGUGGCUCCGAAAUUUUCUAAUUGGCGAAAAUGGCCAGAAGGUAUGUCUGUCUGCAAAACUACGAAUAUUGCCAGUUUUACGAACCAAAAGGUGUGAAAAAUCGAUAAUAUGUGUAGACACAACAUCCGUUAUUGAAAGGGAGGGAGCCAAUUUGCAAAAUUUUUAUUUGAUCGGGUAGUUAAUUGGCGAUAACUAGAUUAUUGAAUAACAAACUGGAUAAUUAUAAUCAUUUUGUGCACUUGAUAAGAUUUUAUGAGCAGUCGGCCGUUAGACAAAUUUUCUAUGAUUGCCGAGGGUUAGUUUGGGCAAAGACAAAUAAAAAUGCUUUAGACACACAGAAAUUGUAAGUAUUGAAUAGCUAUGAUGAUAGAAAAGCAAUAAAACAUAGGUAUUUUAUCAAAUAUUUAAUUCUAAAUUACGUUUUCCGAAUUUGUCACCCGUUUUCGCAACCGUGAUUUUUGGAUAUUUCUGUCAUUUCUGACGACAUUUGUUAGUGCAAUCUUAAUAAAAAGCCAAUAAAAAGUCUACAUUUAAGAAAAGUAUGACAACUGUUGCAAAAGGAGCUCUUAUUUUGAAGUAUUUUUCGAGAAUAAAACAUGCGAAGGCAUUGAACUCCACCCACUUAUAGGCAAUGUGCAAAAUAAGACACUGUUUUAUUUAAACAUUUUUUUUUCUUUUUUGACAUCCUUAUUUUAAAUGUGAUUUUCAGAAUUUUUUUAUUAAAUGGCAGAUGUUUGUAAAAAUGAUAAUUUUAGAAAUUAACACAAAUUGAUUUUCUAAAUAGCUUUUUAAAGGGUAAUACUAAGAAAUAUGUAAUAACUACAUUAAAUUCUUGAGUAGUAUGAGUUCUUUGGUACAUAUAAUGUAGUCCUACAAGAUCGUCAAUGCUAUGCGCUUCGCCGUUGUUGGCCUCAUAAUUUUAUCUUCGGAAAAAGCAGUGGCUCAGAGAAAAAAAUUCCCAGUGUGACACCUGUAAUGUAUAUAAUCUAGAAAGAAUAUGGAUCUCUAUCAUGUUCAAAGACUAUAGUACCUUUUUGUUGUCCUAAAAAGGGCUUAGCCCAAUGCUAUAUUUUGCCAGUUCCAUUUCAUAAGAUGUUAAAGAGUUGUGAAUGGUAUAGAAGAAUGAUGGUUGUUUUGUGGAGAGUUUUUGUGUAGCUUACAGAAGCUACAAAAACAAACAACCCAUAUAUUUUUGCUUAUAAAAUGCAUUAUUAGGAGUCAUAUUUCCAGUUCAGAGGGUGGGGAGCAUCUUACAAGUGUGUUCUACAAGAAAAUUCAAGAAAAAAACAACCCAAGAUUGCAUGUUCUGUGUCAUUUAAGUGAGUGCAUCUUAAAGCUAAAAUAUAUGGUACAGAAUCUUGUUGCAUUUUGUGUUAAUUUAAAUCGUUUCAACAUAUUUUAAAGAGCUUUUCAGCAACAGAUGUUCAACAUUUUUGCUAAGCAUUUGCUAUUUUUAGAAUAUAUAAAGAAGAAUUUGUUGUCAGUAUAUUUAAAUUAACUUAUGGGGGAAAAAAUGUGUGUUGUUGGGGAUAGGAAUGUUUGAAUGUUUUAUGAGUGAUUAAGCAGGUAAAGUGCUAUUUUGUUAUUGUUUUUCAUUUUGUUUUAAUUCAGAUAUGUCAUAUUUUGCUACUUUUAACGUCUUAUUAAGACUUAAGUGAAUGAAGUGCUACUUUGAUGCUAGUUUUCAUUUUUGUUUUAAUUUAGAAAUAUCAUAUUUUUAGCUCACCUGAGCCAAAGGCUCAUGGUGAGCUUUUGUGACCGCUCAAUGUCCAGCGUCCGUUGUGCGUCGUCUGUCCGUCAACUUUUCCUAAAAAAAUCUUCUUCUUGAAAACCACUGGGCAGAAUUACACCAAACUUCACAGGAAUGAUCCUUGGGUGGCUCCCAUUCAAAAAUGUUCAAAGAAUUUAAUUCCAUGCAGAACUCUGGUUGCCAUGGCAACCGAAAGGAAAAACUUUAAAAAUCCUCUUGUCCAAAACCACAGGGCCUAGGGCUUUGAUAUCUGGUGUGUAGCAUCAUCUAGUGGUCCUCUACCAAAGUUAUUCAAAUUAUCCCCCUAGGUUCAAAUAUGGCCCCGCCCUGGGGGUCACAUGGUUUAUAUAGACUUGUAUAGGGAAAUGUUCUUGUACAAAACCACAUGGCCUAGGACUUUGAUAUUUGGUAUGUAGCAUUAUCUAGUGGUCCUAUUAUCCUCAUAGGAUCAAAUAUGGCCCGCCCCGGGGGUCUUAAGUUUUACAUAGACUUAUAUAGGAAAAAAGUUUAAAAAUCUUCUUGUCUGAAACCACAACACUUAGACCUUUGAUAUUUGGUUUGUAGCAUUGUCUUAUGGUCCUCAACCAAAAUUGUUCAAAUUGUACCCCUGGGGUGAAUGGAGGCCCUGCCCUGGGGGUCCCAAGUUUAUAUAGACUUAUAUAGGAAAAAGCUUUAAAAAUUUUCUUGUCUGAAACCAUACGACCUAGGCUUUUGAUAUUUGGUAUGAUGAAUUGUCUAGUAGUCCUCUACCAAAAUUGUUCAAAUUAUGCCCCUGGGGUUAAAAGAGGCCCCGCCCUUGGGUCACUUAGUUAUUAUGUGAGUUAUAUAGAAAAAAAUACUUAAAAAUCAUCUGAUCCUAUUUCCAAGACUGUUUAAUUAUAAUUACCUGAUGACCCCAAGUAAUAUGAUGUCACUUGACGGUGACCAAGACCUACUGACCUACUUUCUUGUUUGUUAAGAUAUAGCCUUGAAAUUUUUAUGACAUACACAGUUUUGCACACAAAUCGUAAAACUGAAUUUCAUUGACCAUGAAUGUGACCUACUGACUUUCUUAAUAUUUUAUCAUCAGUUUGACAUUUGAAACAUGUAGCUCAUAUUACUCAGAUGAGCGAUCCAGGGUCAUCAUGACCCUCUUGUUUAAUUGAUGUAAGCGUUUUUAGAGCACUUGUUGAAUGCUAUUGUGGCAAACAGUGCCUUAGUAUUUCUCUGCCCUGGCCAUUUCUUCUGAUUGCAAAGUUGUAAUAUUUAUGCUAGUCAUGAAUUCUUUUCUUGAAAAUAAUUAUAACUCUGUCAGGUUACAGUCCAUCUUAGUAUUUGCUCAAACUUAUUGGGCCUGUGAAAAUUUGUUAGAGCCAUUGGUAUACUGAUUCAGCAGAGAUUCCGAUAGUGCCAUACUGUAAAAUCUUUUAAUUUCAGGGACAUGAAAUUUCGUGGAUUUAAUUUGGUGGACAUGAAAUUUCAUGGUUUUGAUCAAAACGGCAAUUUUACUGGGAUAUAAAUUCGUAGAUUUCAACUUUUGAACAUAAAAUGAAUGGGAAUUUUACUUGAUUAUUUGAGUUAAAUUUUAGGAAUGCUGGCCUGUAGUUCGUACUAUAUGACCGACCUUUAUUCUGCACGUGAAAAUACAUUUUUGAUGUUGUGUAAUGAAAUGUUGAUUGAAUGGCUUUCUGGUCAAUAGUCAAAACUAUUACCCAAGGUCUUGAUAAGAUUAAUAAUGUACACUUAUAAAAUGGCUUGCAAGUCAAUAGUCAAAUCAUUGGACUUUAAAACCAUUCUGUAUAUAGAGAUUAUUACACUAGUGUCUAUAUUCAGCACAUGAAAAUAAAUUUUUGAUUUAAUAUAAUAAAAUGUUUAUUGAAUGGCUUUCUGGUCAAUAGUCAAAACUGUUGUCCAAGGUCUUGAUAAGAUUAAUAAUAUACAUAUAUAAAAUGGCUUCCCAGUCAAUAGUCAAAACAUUGGACUUUAAAGCCAUUCAGUAUAUAGAGAUUAUUACACUAGUGUCUAUAUUCAGCACGUGAAAAUAAAUUUUUGAUGUAAUAUAAUAAAAUGUUUAUUGAAUGGCUUUCUGGUCAGUAGUAAAAACUAUUGCCCAAUGUCUUGAUAAGGUUAAUAAUAUACACUUAUAAAAUGGCUUGCCAGUCAAUAGUCAAAACAUUGGUCUUGCAAGCCAUUCAGUAUAUUACUUUUACAGAGCAGCCCACAGUUUGUUACAGGGUUUAUUUCAUGUUUGUUACACUUUUUACUAGGUUGCUAAACAGAAUAAAUUCAUGGCAGUAUAUUCCUCAGUU